GUUCAUUCAUUAACUGCCUCCCCCCCACCCCCUAUUUAACUGCCACUCCCACACUCUUCUUCUCCUGCGCUUUUCCAGUCACUCUCGAUCUCACAGAAAUCCUCUCACUUUGAAGGCGGUUUCCGUUGGUCGGAAAACCACUGGUGGGUUGAGAAUGUCAUCGGAAUACCAGCUUUUGUUUGUACCUGAUAUCGGUAGGUGGUCUGUUGUGAGUGUUGAGGUGGUUGUGGGUGUGGUGUUGCUCUGUGUUGUUUUUGGCUUCUGGCUCGCUCCGGGUGGGCUGGCAUGGGCUCUGGCCAAGUGCAGGGGGCGUUUCGCGAUUCCGGGUCCGCCUGGUUUGCCCGUCACCGGGUUGCUUCACGUUUUCUCUGGGUCUGAGGCUCAUCGUGUUCUUGCGAAGCUUGCCCGGAGAUGGGACGCAGUCGGUUUGAUGGCUUUCUCGGUGGGGCUGACUCGGUUUGUGGUAUCGAGUGAUCCGGAGACAGCUAAGGGGAUUCUGAGCAGCUCGGCUUUCGCUGACCGGCCGGUGAAGGAGUCGGCGUAUGAGCUUCUGUUCCACAGGGCGAUGGGGUUUGCGCCGUACGGGGAAUACUGGAGAAACCUGAGGAGAAUAUCGGCCACCCAUUUGUUCAGUCCGAAGAGAAUCGCUGCCUUCGAGGGUUUCAGAAGGGACAUAUGUCUCAAAAUGAUGGAUGAGAUAAGGGGUUUGAUGGUUGAGAAUUGUGAAGUUGAGGUCAAGAAGGUUCUCCAUUUUGGAUCUUUGAAUAAUGUGAUGAUGACGGUGUUUGGAAGGAGCUAUGAUUUUGAUGAAGGAGGAGUUGGGUUUGAGCUUGAAAAGCUGGUGCGUGAAGGGUAUGAGCUUCUGGGUACUUUCAACUGGAGCGACCACUUUCCCCUUCUGGGUUUGUUGGAUUUGCAGGGAGUGAGGAAGAGAUGCAGACGUUUGGCCUCAAAGGUGAAUGUGUUUGUUGGAAAGAUCAUAGAAGAACACAGAGCGAAAAGGGUGGGUGGACUUUCUGUAAAUGGAGUUGGGGACUUUGUCGAUGUUUUGCUUGAUUUGGAGAAAGAAGACAAACUCACUGACUCUGACAUGAUUGCUGUUCUCUGGGAAAUGAUUUUCCGAGGAACUGACACAGUAGCAAUCCUGCUGGAAUGGAUCCUUGCCAGAAUGGUUCUCCACCCAGAAAUCCAAUCCAAAGCCCAAUCCGAAAUCGACGCCAUGGUGGGAAACUCCAGACCCGUUUCGGAUUCCGACAUCCCCAACCUACCCUACGUCCAGUCCAUUGUGAAAGAGUCUCUCAGGGUGCACCCACCAGGACCUCUACUCUCCUGGGCACGCCUCGCAACCGACGACGUCCACAUCGGAGAUACCCUAGUUCCGGCAGGGACAACAGCCAUGGUGAACAUGUGGGCCAUCACCCACGACGAGAAGGUGUGGCCAGAGCCUCUUGAGUUCAAACCAGAGCGCUUCAUGGACACUGAUAUCAGCAUCAUGGGCUCUGAUCUGAGGCUGGCUCCAUUCGGGUCUGGCAGGAGGGUCUGUCCAGGGAAAUCCAUGGGGUUGGCCACAGUUCACCUCUGGUUGGCUCAGCUGCUCCAAAGCUUCAAAUGGGUUCCUUCCCAUCAUAGCGUGGACUUGUCCGAGACACUCAAUCUCUCCCUUGAAAUGAAGAACCCACUCAUCUGCAAGGCAGUGGCUAGGGUUGCUUGACAUGCAUGCAUGUAGUAUUGGUGGGAGUUGGUGGCCUUAAUAAUAAGAAUGUAAUUAUGGGUUCACCAACAUAUGUCUAUUAUUUUGUUAGAUUACUUACCAGUGGCUUUGCUAGUUAAGUUUAAGUCAUAUAUAGGUGUGGACCAAAUUAAGUUUGGUCUAUGUAUUGUAGAAUACUAGUAAACAUGCACUACUCUUUUGUAAGAUGGUACGUUGGGUUGGGUGGUCAAUAUAUGUAUGCAUGGACAUAAUUUGAGAAAUGAGAGUUUUUAUAUAUGUGAA